UGCUCUGGAAAACAGCAACAACGACACGUAAAGUAACUAAAUAAAUGUUCUCGGAUGCCCUUUAGCUUGACACCCUCACCACCCCACCCUCCCAAUGCUCUCCCAAUACCAAAUACAGCUCCUUGCUUUAGUCAGGGACCAGGAUCUUGCGCGGAGGACUACGACCCCCGAAAUGCACCGGGCCUCCCCUCAGAGAGUCUCGAGGGGAGGAAGUGUUGCCUGAGGAGAAGGCGGCUUUCGGUUGGGCCGGGGGUCCUGUGGUCGUUUGCAAGGAGGGGGAAUUGGCUUCGGGCAAAGAGCAAAAGUCCCUGAGAGGGGGUUGGGGGGUGAGGGGCGUAGGUAGCGGCCAUGUCAGAGGGAGGCGGCACCUGCGAGACCGACAGCGAUGAGACGAUAGUGGAGGGUUCCGUCCCUGAGAGCGACGGGGACGAAGAGGAGCUGCUCGCCAGGAGAGCUGGGAUAAACUGUCCCAUCAGUGUUACAGGUUUAUAUUCUGAAGUGGCUGGAUUUCUGGAAACAAACAGAAAUCUUACAGAGACUUUAAAUGUUGAAGUGUCUCCAGAAAUAAGCCUUCUUUCUGGUAUGGAUGCAAUAGAGGAUUCAAUUCCACAAGAUACAGAGAUGUCAGAGGUUUUUCAAAUUGUCAGUAAGGAAGAUAUGACAGAAAACCAUCCAUUUGAAACAGUGCAAUCAAGUAUAAGUGUAGAUGAAACAAUGGCUGUGGAAUUUGAAGAUUUGAUGGAACCACUUGAUGAUUCUGAGACCCUCAAAAUGCUUGACAUAUUGGAAAAUCAGGAUGGUGCUAUUUCUAUGGCUAAGGCUGUAAAUAAGGAGAGCAAUGCCCUGCCUGUAGAGCUUCUCACAGCUCUGAACUCCUUGUCAGAAUCUGCAGCAGCAUCUGUCUGUCAGCCAGAAGGCAAGGGAAGUUGGUUCAUCAUCGCAGACAAACAACCGACACCAGACCAAACAGAUGGUGAUUGCACACAAAUAACAGAUAUAAAUGUAAAAUGUCAGCUUCAGAUAAAACACCUUGAAGAAACAGAAGCUUUAAUGAUGACCACAUUGCCAUAUCCUUCAGAGGAACAAAUUGGCUUUAGUCAGAAUAUGCACAAAUUAGUCCAUUCAGACCAUCAGAAUAUUUCCUCUCGUGACAGACCAGCUGAAAAAGGAGAUUCCAUUUUAAAGGAUAGCAGUUCAUGUGAACAAACUAUCCAGGUUGCUUCAUGUACAUUAAAGAAUUCAGCACAAAAAAGGAAGAAGCUUACUCUAAAUGAUACUGAUCCUACUUCCAAUUGUCAGUUUCUAGAAGGGAUGCAUCAGAAUAGACACAGUUUUGAGGCUCAAACAAGAGACAGAUCUGACACUAAAGAUAAGGAAGAUGACUGUUCACAGAUGGGAACUGUAUUAUGCCACUUCUCAACUACAGAUACAAAUACUAAAGUUGAGCAAGUGAGGAAAAGUCAGAGGAUUGCCAAGAAAAGAAGGAGGCAAGCCACUUGGAACAGUUCCUCUAACUCCUCGUAUAACUACAUUUCACUAUCCAAAAUCAAUAGAAGAGACAGAUUUGGCCAGACAUUAUUGCACAGAGCUGCUGUGGAAGAUGACCUAAAGGGUUUACGUGCAAUGAUAAAAGCUGGUGGAAAUGUAAAUACUCAGGAUUGUGCAGGUUGGACUCCAUUGCAUGACGCCAGUCUGGCUGGAUUUUGGUGGACAACAAAUGAGCUUUUAAAAGCAGGAGCUGAUGUUAACUGUAAAGGAAGUGAAAAAAUAACACCAUUACAUGAUGCAGUUAAAGGUGGUCACUAUAAGGUGGCAGAGUUACUACUUUGGUAUGGAGCCGAUCCGCUGUUCAAAAAUGAGAGAGGGAAGAGUGCUUUAGAAGAAGCAACUGACAUGCCUAUGAGGAAACUACUUGCAAGUUUUAUAGCUAAAUCUAGAAGAAGGUCAGCAUCAGCUGAAAGAGUUCUAGAAGACCCAGUGAGUGACCAAAGUAGAAUUGAGAGCCAGCCUAAGGCAAAAACAUGCUCAGGUGAAAGAGUUCACCAUACAUCUAAAGAAAAUACUAAGGUACUAAAGCAACAGAGGGUAAAGUCAGAACCAAGUAAGAGAAAAAGGACUUCACAAAGAAAUUAUGCUUCCAAAAUGUGCAAUAGUUGUUCACUAGUGAACGCUACAACAUUUGAAGGUACAUGUCUGGUUUCAAAGGCAAAGCAGUCAGUCAGGGGAAGACCACCAUCUUUGGGAGCAUCAGGGGACAAAAGAAGAAUAAAUGGCCAGAGGAAGGACAUUCAGAAUGGUCCUGCAACUGAUCUUACAUUGGUCUCAAAAAGAGCAGUUGGAUCUUCAGAGUAUCGCCAGUAUAAUUCGAACAGAAGUUGUGAAGCUGAAGAAGACUGUAACAUGGCAAUGGGGUCAGAAAUUCAGCAAGAGAGUGACUCUAAUAAUAGUAUUGAUGACUGUCCAUCAGAAAGAAAAGAGGCUCUUAAAAGCACUGAACUGGCAGGAGCAACAAAAGAUCAAGCAACUAAUUCCCAUACUGUCACAUCACUGAAUCCUGUUGAAGAAGAAUCUGCUUUUGAAACUGAGGUAGUAAAUGAAUCUAAUUUGGAUUCUACACACUUCUUAUGCAAAGACAUCGGUUUGCCUUUGCAGGAGGAAAGCCAGUAUGCAAUGAAACAUAAUAAAGGGUCUAAUAGUCUUAAAGUUACUUUAGAGGACAACCUUCAUACUGCUGAAAAGAAGCUUGUCUGGACAGAAAGAGAAGGCAUCGUUAUUCUUGCUUCUGAGAAAAAUAGAUCACUAGACCAAUAUAUGCAUUCUGAAAACUCUGUGGAUCAGAUUAAUCUGGACAACCAUAGUUUGGGGCAUGAACUGGGUGUGAAAGAGCCUUUAUCUGUAGCUGAAUCUGUCUGUUUAGAAGAAAACCCAUCCGAGUCAAAAAUCCCAACCAUCUCAAUGUUGCAAGAAAUUGAACCUCUCAGUGAUUCAGAUUGUACAGUCCUUUCUGAAGAAUACAAUUUAAAUGCAGGCCAAAACCCAGGUGAAAACACCUCUAGAGCUGAUGGAAUCUGUAAUGAACAAGCAGUUCAUGUCUGUAUGGAACUAUCCUCAACAAUUUCACAGAGUAUUAAUAGAGUUGGUGUUUCUGAAAGUCCCGGCACUUGCAGCUUCAGUGAGCAAAGAUUUUUAAUUCCUCCUGUGCAUGAGGGCAUUAUGAUGGGAAGAGCAGAAGGAAAUGUUGGGAAAUGUUGCUUUGAGAGAACAGGAAAUGGUAGUAGGACUGAGAACAACACAGUCCUCCCUUUACAGAUGCUGGACAAAGACCCAUUCCAAGAUAAAUCACUACAAACUCAGAUCCUUGGAAAAUGUUACAGUGAGAAGAAUGAUAAAGAAAAUUCAAACAAUACUCCAGAUGUAUCUUUACAGUCAAAUGAAUUAGAAACUAUCCAAAGUAAAAGAAUGGAAUCUAUAUCCAUUGAGGAUUGCCAAAACGAACAUUUGUGUUCUAGCAAUAGUGCAACUCCUUUACAGUUUAAUUUGACUGAGGAGCAGGAAAUCCCACAUUCAUUAGACUCUUCACAUUCUAGUGAAAAGGAGAAACAAGCUUCUUCUAAUCAGCUGCUGUGUACCAUAAAACCAAGAAUAAACAAAACAAAUGCCAAAGGAGAAACUUGUUUGCAUUUGGCUGCUAAAAAAGGAGAUUUGUCUUUAGUGAAAUCUUUAAUAGCAUCUGGAGCAUGUGUAAAUCAGAAAGAUAAUGCAGGCUGGACAGCAAUUCAUGAAGCUUCCAAUAAGGGCUUUACUGAGAUUAUCGAAGAGCUGCUCAAAGCUGGUGCUGAUGUGAAUUCUAAAAGCCUGGAUGGUGUUUUUCCAAUUCAUGAUGCUGUUUCAGGCAACCAUUUUGAGGCAGCACAGUGUCUACUACUUCAUGGUGCAAACCCAAAUGAGAUGGACGCCUGUGGGAACAAUGCCCUGGAUGAAGCCACCUGUAACAAAAUGAAAGAACUCCUUCAAUCUUAUGGUGCUACUGAGACCAAAGAGGCUCAUCAGAUGACUGAUGUGCUUGGCGAAAAAGAGUUGCACACUUCUAGGUCUAGAAAAAUCCGUAGUAGUUGCAGUGGCUGUGAAGAGGAUAACAUGGUUUCACAGCUCAUUUCAGCUAAACAGAGCUGUGACACACACGAGUCCAUCAACGAAGUAUUGCAGAAUAUAGAAGAGAAACAAGAUAGACUUUUGCUCUUUGAAUUAAAAAGCCAAAGAGAUGCAGAUCUAUAUAUCCAAGAUCUAUCUCAGAUACAGAACAUUUUGAAUGCUGUACUUGCCAAACAGAAAUCAGAAAGGGAUGAUCUUGCUAAGAAAUACAGAGCUUCUGCAGAAUCUUUUAAACAGGGAGCCCUAAGGGAACAGAUAGCAAAGCUUGUUUCCAGACAAAAGAGUCUUUUGCUCAUGGCACAGAAGCAGAAAGAACUAGGCCAGAAAAUACAAAAUUAUAAGAGUGCAAAAAAGGAGGCUUCACAUUCAGCAAAAUGUGCCCCAAGCACACAUGGCUCUUGUGAACGCAAUAACACAGAAGAUGAUCCAUCUGGGAGAAGAGCACCCUCCUCUGAUAUAGCUAUAGGCCUUGAAAACAGUUGGGUCGCAGACAAUAUUUAUUUAGAUCAAGAAUCCAGCCAGUAUCCAAACAGGUCUCUGAAUAUGUCAGGAGGGAAUGGAAAAGAGAAAAAGCAAAAAGGAGUUGGUCCCAAAAAAACAGCGCCUGAAAACAAACCCAAUGAAUAUAACACUGAGGAGUUAACAAAGCAAUACUCAAAUGUAAAUGAGGAUUUGCAGAUGCAACCAGAAUUAGAAUCUACACACAGCUAUCUCGCUACUCAUCAGAAAAACAUCCCAAAAAAUAGACACUCGCUUAAUGCUAAUUUAGAGCCUGCAGGGAUAUUUUCUCAUUCGCUAUCACAAAGCAGAAUCAGCCCAAGUUCUUCUCAAUGUUCUAACAGUCAGAAUUCUGAAAAACAAUUAAACUCCAAAGCAAGCAGAUGGAAGAAAAAUCAGCUAUUGGAUCUGCUCAAACUGGGAAAGAUUAAGUCUGGAGAUGAUGUUCUAGAAUUCACAGUACAGGAUUCCAAACAUAAAGCCAGCCUUUUGGGAAAUGGUAAAGUCAAAGCUGGCAACAACACAGUUUACCAAAAUCUAGUUCAAUGGAUUAAAGCACUAUUAGGAAGUGACAUUUCUGUAAGCUGGAAAUACGUAUACAACAAGGUCACAUACUGUGGAACUCUGUUAUCAAAAAUUAUUGCUGAAGUUCAUGUUUCUAAGGAACCAGAGUUAACAGUGCAACAAAAUAAGCUAUUUGGGAGAAACUCUACAAGAUGCAAACACAGCCGAGGUGCUGAGUACUGCUGUUUUAGUCAUAAGGCUGCUUCCUCUCAGAAUGCAGAGAAUAUAAGGCAGGAAACUGCACCCUUUCCUCAGGAAGAAAUGGAAAUCUCUCUGUCCUCUGAAACAGAAGCUGAGGAAAUAAUGACAGCAGUCAGUGAAACAAAGGUUCCCUACCACCUUGAUUCCUCAACACCAUCCAGGAGAUUUCUACAGUUCAACAGCAGAGUUCUAAUAAAGGAUGAAGAAUUUAUGCCAGGCCAUAUAAUGGAUCAGUACUGGAACUUCUAUGUCCAUUGUGAGGGUUUUGGAUUUUAAACGAAAAAAUAGAUAAACGUUUUCCUUCUCUAUCUAGUAAAAUUUAAUGAGCUUGGGGAAGAGGAUUGCAUUGUGUUUUUUGAAUUUUAUUAUUGCACCAAAUCUUUGUUAGCAUCACUUUUAAAAUACAAAGGGAACCUUGUUGUGUCCCAACAGAUGUAAACUGUUUGAGAGCUUUUAGUAGGAGACCAGGUGGGGGGGAAAGGUUAUGGGUAUAGAUAAGGUUGCGAACGGCUGUGUGGUUACAGUUGCUAUGCACUUUGACCUUGAUAUGCCUCAUUAUGGAAAGGAAAAGUCUGAUGUGGAUGAGAUGGCUGAAAUAAAAAAAAUGGUCAGGAUGGCACCUGUUGUUAUUACUGAAGCACAGACUGACAGAAAAUUAGAAGCAUUUCAGGUGAAACAGAUGUUGAGUUGUGGCCUGAGCUCCAGCCUCUGGGUCACCAAUGAAAGUUUAGUCUGGUUAUCUUUAGACAAGGUUGAAUCAAAUUGUCAGCGUCUGCCAAUUUUGAUAUGUCAGCCCUAAUUAAAGAACAGGGAACAAAUGAUUAUCUCUAAAGAUUCCUACACUGUUGUUGUUUUUCAAUGGAAGACUCUUUCAGACUCAGAAUCUAAUUCUAAGAAAGCAAACCUUACAAUACUGAACUGAAAAUUGUGCUCAUCUCUGUUUAUACACACCCACACAGCCAAUAAAGGAUAAUUGGUUUCAA